AUGGGCGACAUUGUCAUCAAUGCGAAUACCUUCUUCGAGCGCCUGACCACCCUAUACAAUGCUUGGAAGGCUGACAAGAGAUCGGGAGAUGGUUCAUUCGGUGGCGCAGACACGAUUGUCGUCCUGACCGGGAAAGCUGAUCAAGACACCCAAUAUGUCAAGAACAAUGCCGUCCAUUUCUGGCUGCUGGGCUACGAAUUUCCGGCGACACUGAUGGUUUUCACCCCCGCUGUCUUGUACGUUGUUACGACCGAAAAGAAGGCAAAGCAUCUCCAACCGUUGAAAAAUGGCAAAAUACCAAUUGAGAUCCUCACUGUCCACAUGAAGCAACCCGAGACGCGAACGCAGGCUUUCGAGAAAUGUAUCGAGAUCAUCAAGAACGCAGGCAAAAAGGUCGGCGUCAUUCCAAAGGCUGACGCCCACGGCCCAUUUGUCGACGAGUGGGUCAAGAUGUUCGGCGACCUCUCGAAAGAGAUUGAAGAGGUUGACAUAUCCGCCGCUCUUUCUGCUGCUUUCGCUGUCAAGGACGAGAAUGAGCUGAGAGCCAUGCGCACUGCUGCUCGAGCAGCAAGUGCUAUAAUUACGGACUAUUGGGUCGACGAAAUGUCCGAAGUGCUCGACCAAGAAAAGAGAGUCACCCAUCGUACUCUUUCCGAUCGGUUGAUGAAGAAGAUUGAUGAUGACAAAUUCUUUAAGGGUGUCUCCAAGCUGCCGUCGGAUUUCGAUACCCAGCAGUUGGACUGGGCAUAUGGGCCUAUCGUGCAGAGCGGCGGACAGUACGAUCUGGGGAUGAACGCCCAACCAAACGAUGAAAACCUUCACUCAGGAUGCAUCAUGGCUGGACUGGGCUUCCGAUACAAGACCUACUGUUCCAUUCUGGCGAGAACUUAUCUAAUCGAUCCGAGCAAAUCCCAAACAGCGAAUUACAAGAUCCUUCUCGCCGCUCACGAUGCAGCAAUGAAAGAGAUCAAGGAUGGCGCUGUGAUCAAAGACGUCUACAACAAAGCUUUGGGUGUGGUGAAGUCCAAGAAACCCGAGUUGGAGAGGCAUUUCGGCAAAGAUGUCGGCGCGGCCAUUGGCAUCGAAGUUAGGGACCCUAAGCUGGUCUUGAAUGGGAAGAAUACCAGGACCCUCAAGGAUGGCAUGACAGUCAGUGUCACUACGAGUCUCUCAGAUCUGACCAACGACAAGCCCCAAGACAAAAAGGGUGCCAACUAUACCCUAGUUUUGAUAGACACUGUGCGGGUUACCAGAGGCGAACCUGUGGUCUUCACCAAAGAGGCGCUCACAGACCUCGAUUCCAUCGAAUUCUAUUUCAAGGAUGACGAGGAAGAGACAAAGCCGAAACAAGAGAAAUCUAAGAAGGCCGGUGCUGGCGCCAUCGUGACCUCCAACAUCAAAUCAACGCGGCUUCGGGGUGCAAAUAGGCAAGACAAUGCCAAGGAGGAGGAAGAAGCCCGCCGACGGGAGCAUCAAAAGGAGCUCGCCGCCAAGAAGCAGCGUGAAGGCCUUGAGAAGUACGCUGAGGCUACCGGGGACAUGAACGGAGAGAACGAGAAGAAGUUCAAGAAGUUUGAAUCCUACAAACGUGAGGGCCAGCUUCCCUCACGCACCAAGGAUCUGAUCGUCUGGGUCGACACCAAGGCCUCGACCGUCAUCCUCCCGAUCAUGGGUCGACCGGUACCGUUCCACAUCAACACGAUCAAGAACGUCAGCAAAUCGGAUGAAGGCGAGUACACCCACUUGCGAUUCAACUUCUUGUCUCCUGGUCAAGGUGUUGGACGUAAGGAUGAUCAGCCUUUUGAGGAUCCCCAAGCCCAUUUCAUCCGAUCCUUGACCGUCCGGUCCAGGGAUCAAGAUCGUCUCUCAGAAGUCUCGGCGCAGAUCACCGAGCUGCGGAAGUCGGCUGUCCGUCGCGAGCAAGAGAAGAAGGAAAUGGAAGAUGUUGUUGAGCAAGACAAGCUGAUUGAGAUCCGCAAUCGUCGCCCGAUUAAACUUAGCGAUGUUUAUCUGCGACCUGCUCAGGAUGGCAAGCGUGUGCCUGGUGAAGUCGAGAUACAUCAAAACGGUCUUCGAUACAGUUCGCCGCUGCGCAAUGAUCAUGUCGAUGUGGUCUUCUCCAACGUCAAGCACCUGUUCUUUCAGCCGUGCGUUGGCGAGUUGAUUGUACUCAUCCACGUCCAUCUGAAGAACCCGAUCAUCAUCGGCAAGCGCAAGACCAGAGAUGUCCAGUUCUAUCGAGAAGCCACCGACAUGGCCUUUGAUGAGACAGGAAACCGGAAGCGAAAGCAUCGCUUUGGUGACGAAGAGGAGUUUGAGCAGGAACAAGAAGAGCGAAGACGGAGAGCAGAACUCGAUCGACUCUUCAAGGGAUUUGCCGAGAAGAUCUCGGAUGCUGCCCGAGAUUACAACAUUGCUGUCGACAUCCCCUUCAGAGAACUCAGCUUCAACGGUGUUCCCAAUCGUAGCAACGUGCUCAUGGCGCCGACCACAGAUGCCUUGGUCCAAUUGACCGAACCACCUUUCACGGUCAUCACGCUUGAUGAGAUCGAGAUUGCCCAUCUCGAAAGAAUCCAGUUUGGCCUGAAAAACUUCGAUCUGGUCUUCGUCUACAAGGAUUUCCAUCGGCCCCCCACCCACGUCAAUACCAUCCCGGUCGAAUUCCUUGAUCGAGUCAAGGAGUGGCUUGACAGUGUGGACAUUGCCUAUACUGAAGGACCCCUCAACCUGAACUGGGGAACAAUCAUGAAGACCGUCACCACCGAUCCACAUCAAUUCUUCAAGGAUGGCGGUUGGAGCUUCCUUGCCACCGACACUGAUUCGGAACAAGAAGAUGAAUCAGAGGAAGAAAGCGCGUUUGAGAUGAGUGACUCGGAGCUGGCCGAGGCCAGUGAAUCGGAGAGCGACGAUGAGAGCGAAUUUGAUGAAGACGCCAGUGCCAGUGACGACGAAGGAGAGCCGGAUAGCGGAAUGAGUGACGAAGGAGAAGACUGGGAUGAGAUGGAGAAGAAGGCCAAGAAGGAAGACCGAGCAGGUCACACGGAGGAAGAAGACAAAGGUGGCCGAAAGCGGAAGAGAUGA